AUGAGAACUAGUCUAUUCGUGCUUGGCCUGUUGGCCGUCGUUGCCCUCAGCUCCGCUAGGGAGCUCCGGGAAAAACGAGACGCUGAUCUCGAGCCCGCCGCUUCCCAUCACGGAGGUAAGUGGGACAAGGGAGGCGGUCAUGAACAUCAUGGGCACCAUCACCAUGACCACGGCGGUGAACACCAUAAGGGACACAAAGGACACCAUGAGCACCAUCACGGUAAACACGGCCACCAUCAUCACGAAGGACACAAAGGACAUCACGGUGAACACGGCGGUCAUAAGAAACAUCAUCAUCACGACGAAGGCUAUGAUCAUCAUCACCAUCACGGCGAGAAAGGUGACCACGGUCACGGUCAUGAAGAACAUGGUCACUGGCAUAAAGGCCACGACACGAAAGGACAUCAUGGCAUUGACAAACACGACGAAUUCAAGAAAGACAAACAUUUCCAUGAUCAUCAUGGGAAGAAAGGGCAUCAUGAACAUUACGGUGGUCAUCAUCAUGAGGGCGAACACAAGAAGGGCGGUCACUUCCACCACGGUCACAAACACGGCGGACAUCACGAGCACCACCAUGGCAAGAAGGGACACCAUGAACAUGGCGGUCACCACCAUCACCACAAGGGGCAUCAUGGCGAUGGAGGCCACCAUGAGCAUCACCAUCAUCAUCAUGACCAUGGCAAAAAGGGUGGUCAUGAGGACCAUAAGUCUUGGCAUCAUAAAGGCUAA